UUAUUUGAAAGUGUCAUGGCCACUUAAAUAUUCUUGUUUCUAUUCGCUCUUGCUGUCAAAAUAUAUUUUUUUUACUGGUGUAUAAUUUUUGUUGGGACGUGUAUAAAAAUCUAAAGUAUGUGAUGUGUGACGUGUUCCCGCAGGUGGUUUGUUAAAAAAAAAAAGAGUAUUUAUCCCUAAUGUAUUUCGUUAUGUCAUUACAUUGGCGUGUUAUUAUUUCAUUUCAAAUAUACUGAACGUUUCCUAUUUAGAGUUAAGUAAUGAUUAUUGUCUUAAGAUUUUGCCUUAUAAAAUGGACAAAAGGCAGACAUUUCUUUCAUAUUUGUUUAAAUUUGUGCUUGUGUUACCACCGAGUUCGUAAUGCGACGUAAUUACAAAAUUGGUACCCGUAAAUAAAUUUGUUGUAAUAUUUGUAGGUUAUGUUGUGAUAUGAAUUUGUAUUAACCUUGAAAACUAAUCAGUCAGUACAAACGAGGUUUUAAAAACUACAAUGUUGUACUCGUUAGUUACUCUUCUGUAAAUUUGGUGGUAUUUUCGGCAUACUAAGCUAAUGACACAGAAUGGUAUGCCUGGGAAACAGCUGUGGACUUGGAAAAAACUUAUAGUAAUUCGGGAACUUAUUAAGUUAUAUUAGCUACGAUGGCAUUCAUUAUGAAAAAGAAGAAAUAUAAAUUUCAGGUUGAACUGUGUGUGGAAGAAUUAACAGCAGUUCCGUUUGUUAGUGCUGUGUUGUUCGCCAAAGUACGCCUGCUGGAUGGUGGCAGUUUCAGCGAAACAUCAAGUCGGGAAGAGGUGCAGGACCACAUGGUGCGGUGGGGCGCCAACUUUGACUUUGUGUGCAAGAUGAGCGCAAAUGCCUCUACUGGCAUUCUGGACCCCUGCAUCCUCAGGAUCUCUGUCAGGAAGGAGGCGAAGGGUGGGCGCUCUUUUCACAAGCUGGGCUUCACGGACCUGAACCUGGCAGAACUAGCCGGCUCGGGCCGCACCACGCGGCGCUGCCUGCUGGAGGGCUACGACACCCGCUACCGUCAGGACAACUCCAUGCUGCGGCUGUCCAUUCGCAUGCACAUGCUGUCUGGUGACAUUCUCUUCAAAGUUCCUUCGCCAUCGCUGAAGCACAAGCAGAUGGCCCAGGAGGAGGGCUCGGGGGCCGACCGGCACUGCGACGAUCUCUCCAGCGGCUCCGUGGCCGGCUCCAUUGCCAGCGGCAGCUCUGGCUUCGGCAGCCUCACCAAGAAGAGGCCGGCCCUCUUCACCUCGGAGCUGCUGGCAGGGGCGGCUCCCGAGGGGGCAGAGCCCGCCGAGGUGGUCGCUGUGCCGGGGGCGGUGGAGGUGGACGAGGGCCACGAACCAGGCCACUCACGCAACUCCUCCAACACGAGCCAGAUGAGCCGUGCGUCCGGCUACAGCUCCCUCAACAGCCAAUCGCAGCACAGCCGCCAGAGCAGCUCCGGUGACUCGGGCCACAUCAGGUCUCCGUCUUGGCCGGUCUGGGUCCCGCGAUUGCUCGCCAUCCCGUCUCCCACCGCCCCCACCACCCCCAAGUGCCGCCCCAAGGCGCUGCCCUCCGCCUCCACCCCCAACACCACCGUCGAAGGCACUCCCGAGUUCUUCUCCGCCCAUUCCUUUUCCAGGGGCGGGCUGGCCGCGUCGGGUCCGUUCCUGCUCCCGUCCCCCCACGCCGUCUCCUCUCCCGGCAUGCUCCACCAGCACCGCCCCUCGUCCCCGCGGGAGGAGAGCCGGGCGCUCCGCGAGGCAGUCAGGAACCCCAGCUCGGGCUCGGGCCUCAGCGAGACGGGCUCGCUGGACCGUGCCAAGGCAGCUCUGGAGCGGCGCAGGAAGGCGCUCGACGAGGGGGGCGCGGUCGCCGGAGCCGGUGGGGCGCACGGCCGCGUGGAGGUGACACGCGUCAACCCGGACAGCCUCAUCGACGAGCUGCUGCGCUCCACCAACCUCGACCAGACGGACGAGGCGGCAGAGACCUCCGGCCUGCAGCUGUUCAUUGCCAAGGACGGCACGACGGCGCUCGGCUCCCACGAGGUCAAGAGCCAGAUGCCGGCCGGAGUGUUCAGGAAGGUGGUGAUGGACGACAGGUAACACUCGCUGUCUCCGGCUCUGCGGGCCGCACUCGUCUCAUCAUUCAGGUGUCUCCUCCCGGAAACUGCAAUACUGCGUGUGGAGACACCGUGGACAACGUUAGUUUGUAGUUGACUCUACCAAAGAACUUUCGUCUCAAUGUCCACUGAACAAAUUUAGCUAAGCACUGUGCUUUGGGUUUGCAAAAAAUUAUGUGUUCUUGGAUGCUGCAGGGAAAUUUGAUUGGACGAGAGGAUGUAUUUUAAAAUUGUUUUAUUAAUUGAAGUUUAAGUUUGUUGGUAAAGCACAAACUAUUGGUUUUGACUGAAAUGAAUUUUGCAGUCGAGAAAACUUGCGUGAACUUAAGUGGACAGCAGCUGCAUUGAGCUGGCCGGUUUGUGCCAAGGCGAGGUGUAUGUCACUGGUGUGGUGCUCACUCCAGGUAUGCGUCUGGCCAGUGUUGCCGCUCCUGGAGCACUCCUAGACAUUGUCUGGAGCAGCUUUUUCAUUUAAACUCAUCAUCCCCAUGAUUUCAUUUGGUUAAUAUUUGUCUUCGUUAAAGCAUAAUAUAUUUUAAUAGAAUUCCUGAAGUUUACAGUUAAUUGACUGCUACAUUAGUUUUUCCGUAUGACCUCUUCUCUAACAAAGAAGAAAUUUCAAUUACUAAUAAUGAAACAAACUGUUAUGGCACAAACACAGUUGAAACAAUAUGGCGUCUUUCAGUUCCUUUCAUAUGUUGGUGGUACUGGUUUUUGCUGGUUAUAACGUAACAUUUUCUGGCCCCUUGUACAUUAAAGGUUAAUUACAAUAUAAACAAACAAUGCAAGCAAAACAUAUUACAUUAUAAACCAAAGUAUGAUAAAAUUGUAGACUGUAACGAACAAGUUACAUUUGAAUCGUAAUAAAAAUAUACGAGUGCCAAAAAUUCCGACCCGGAUGUAUCUUGGCCAUCAGGAUUUUUACGCCAGCAACAGUUGGUUUACCUAUUCCAAGUUUUGAGUUUAGUUUAAAAAUACUUAAUAAUAUAAAGUUUCAGAUUAUUGCAAAGAGUGUACUUUUCUUUUCUGUGUUUUUUGAUUGUUUUGUAUAACCAAAUAAUGGCCCAGUUACCUCAUUCAUAUUCAGUUAGCACUAAGAAUUUUUUGUUUUGCUUUAUAAGAACUAAAACAGGAACAGAGUGCCGAGUUUAUUGAUGUAAAACUGAACCGAACCAACCAAUAUAAACCAUAACAGCACAGCUCUAUAGGUAAGGUUUUAAAAAAAACCAAAUACAUUGAGGUAAAGAGAUAAUGCUGAAAUGACAGUAUAAAAAACCACUACAUUGCUCUGAAAUGCAAGUAAAAACACAAAAUGCUACAAAAUUUACCUGAAUUAUUUAAUUUGGUCAGUUGGUAUGUAAAAAUUGCUUUAUUAUCAUUAGUUUAGUCUUUUAUUAAAAAUAUUUAAACAGCCAAUGCACCAUGUCUAAAUUUGACAGUUUCUAGUGUAUGAUUCUUUCCUAUGUAGACUGGUAAACCAUAGAAAAAAGUUUAUUUUAAAACUUAAUUAACUUUAAGUAAAUAAAAGUAGUUAAAUUCUGAUCCAGUACAGAUGUGGCUUAAGGCCUGCAAACAUACAUCACAAGAUAAAAAUAAAGAUAAUAUAUACAUAGUAAACUCCCAUUUAUAAUUAAAAUUACAGAUAAUCUGUUUUACGAUAAGGGCCGCCCUCGAUUUUUGGUUGCACCGUAUAUUUGUCUUAGAAUUCUGAGCACAAAUGAAGUCUUUGUGCACUGUGUCUCAUCUUGUUGGACUGUAAACAAUAUGUCACUGUGUCGCCAAGCUGUAUUUCUCUAUCUGCUGGAGAGGCUGCCGUAACUUAAUCAUUCCCUCACCCCUCCCAUUCUAUGUAUUUAAUGUUUCUACCCCUAUGCAGCAAGUUCUUUCUUAUCAGUUCCUUGUCCAUUGAUAAAACUAGCACGCAGAGUAACUUGUGCCAGGCUGGAGGAAUACACAAGUAGCACUUCUAUACACCAAUUAUCAGAGGCAUGCUUUUCACGGACCUAACACAGGAAAGUUUCCAUAAAUCACUAAUGGGUGUAGCAAUACGUGUGCAUCUUGCAGAGCCGUGGCUCCAGUUGUAGUCAUGAAAUAUUGUAGUUUAAAGCGUGGGAAAUAAAUAGCACGAGAACAAUAUUGUUGGCGUCAUGAAAACCUGUCAUGAUAUGAUAGACACGUGAAGAUAGCCUCCACGUACGUUUUUAGUUCUUGGUCAUUUACAAUGGCCAAAGAGGGAAAGUUACUCAACACUGCUCAAUCACAUUGACCAUGAACACACAUAUUCUGCUAUUCUCCCCCCCUCCCCCCUUUGUCCCUUCCUACAGCCGAAUGCCAGCCAGUCACGUCACUCGCCGGGCGCUUGCCGGGCCGAUGGCUGGGCAGAAAGUGGCAUAGCGCAUGUGAAACAAACAAGACAGAGACUGGAGCCAUGAAGUUGCAGUCAGGGCUCCCCCUCGGGUAAAGUGUGACGAACAUGACAGCUGAGGGGUGGGCAACACGAAGGGUCGGACCAAGCAGCUUUUUGACACGGUAACAGGGUGGUUUAUUAUAUAGAAUGACUAAGCGAAGAAAUGCGCCAAAACGCAUAGUUUCAGAAUACAGCAAACUAAUAAACUAACCUGAAAACAGGAUAAUUCAGACCCAGGUAAUCAAGAGUUUACUGUAGUAUAUUAUAAUAGUAGUAUAAUAAUUAGGCUGUGACAUAAGAUAAAAUUCAAUUUGGAAACUAUGUCAGUUCGGAAACCAAAAUACAUGGUUUCUUUUUGAUAUAUAUGUGUAUAUGCCAUAAAAUUAGUAUUUCCUUUAUGUGGCUCAAUUUUUUUGUAUGGACAGUAUUAAUAAAAAUGUAAGAAUGUAAUUUAAAUUUUUUUCAACAUCAUUAGUCUAAAAGGUAAAAUUUUGGCUCAUCUGAUGAAGUGUUCAUUUGUAUUGCAUUAUUUACUUGUACCUGAUGCCAACAAGGAUAGCCUGAUACCUCCACUGAUACUUGAUACUACAACCAAAAUUUAUAAUUACUCGCCACAUUUUAUGAAUAAGUAGUUGAAACAUAACUUUUUGUUGGAUACCAUAAUUUUAAUAUAAAAUUUAAAAUAAAUAAUUUAAAUUCAAAGCAAGCUUAUUGUUAAACUAUACAUUACGUAUUUAUUAUGUUAAUAUUCUCUUGUUUACUCAUAGUUAACCAGUAGACAAUAGUUAUUAAGAUUUACCUUAAAAAAUAAAACUUGAUAUUCUUGUGGUCUGUUACUAUCAACAAACAACAAAGCAAGUAUGUAUUUGAAAAAAUGGAUGCAGGUAUAUUUUUCAAUGCCAGCAGUGGUAUCAGAACUGCCCUAUAUAAAAACUUUAUACACUCCAUUGUACACUUUAUUGUUCAGUUUGAUUGUUCAAGUAAAGUAUUGAAUACUUUUUAGUGAUACAUUUUUGCAGCCGGUAACAUAGGUGGAAGUAGUAUGGAAGUUUUUUUUUGUGUGCUAUGCAGCUGCAUGUACUCUGUGGAAAUUGCUGUUAGCAACUAGCAAUGACUGGAAGAAUAAUAAAGUAUGACUGUAUUUUUUAAUGGGUGAAUAUUUAUUUUUAAAUGACUCUCCCACAUCUAGCAAAUUGUAUUAGGUUAUGAGCCCAGUAAAAUGUGGGAAUGAUUGGUUAUAUUAGGUUAGCUUCAAUAAAAAGUUUGUAAAAUGGUGUGAACGUGAGGUUAGGUUAGCUACAUUAAAAAAAUUUAACUGUGUUUUUACUGUGACAAGUAGUAUUUGACAAUACCAUUUUCAGAAAAUGGAAAAAGCAUCUACUCUAUUAAAUUACCAAUUCUUUUAGUAUUCAGGCCUAAAUUAUACUUGAGUUUCCUUUAAGUAAAAUUUAGUUACAGCUGGUACUGUAAGGCAAGGGAAUGACAUCAUCGCAGUGUAACAUAAGUGAGUAGUGGGGCACUCAUAAGUGAUCGCAGCUUUAAAUAUAUGGGACUACAACAUUGAUAGCCAAAAAUUCACCACAAUUUUUUACUUUGUCUCUCUAGCUCAGUGGUUAAAUGCAUGAUGUAAAAUAACAAUGUUAACUAAUUCCUUAAAUAAUUUUUAAAACAUAGCUCCCUUUCUCCCUCCACAUGUUUUCACCCUGUCCCAUUUUUUCACAACAGUAAUAAACAUACCAGGCAUAAUUAGUUUUGCAUCCAUGUAUAUUAUAUGCAAAAUUUUAGAUUUUUUUCAUACCCUGUGUACUUGUUAGGUUGUUUAAGUGUGCCCAAAAAUUUAUGAUAAACCUAUGGCCAAUUCGUUUGAAAAUGUCAUUGUUUAAAUUGACAUGUUAUACACUUCACAAGUAAUAACUUGUCAAACAUGCUUUCAAUUUGUUCUUAACACAGAUUUGGCAGUUUUAGUUUUUUGAAAGAGAGCAUUCCGAACGCCUUACAACACAAACACAAUUGGACAUCAGUGCAUUUGUCUGCAUUACACGUAAAAAAUUUUUUUUAAUAAACCAAAUGUGCAAUGUUAAUGAUUUCUAUAACUCAGAAAAUUAAUCUUCUAUGCUUGAAUACUAAUUUUCUUAAAAAUUUUUAAAAGUUAAUUAUUUUCCAUACUUUAUUUAAUCCUCUGUAAAAUGGAGAUGCUCUUUAAGUCUAACAUGCAUGGGUAGCAGCGUUGUCCAGUACAAAAAUGUGUUCGUACUCUCCAAAUGCAAUGGUAACUGAUGCAAUGUCAUGAAACUGUGGAAGUUGCAGAUAACUAAUGAAAAAUUAUAGGUUUGGUCUGACAUUUAUUUUCAUUACAUAAUAUGCAGAUAAAUUUUCUUGUCUACGAUCAAAAGGUUACAGUUUGUGAUGUUGGUACUUAGCUUGCUGAAUGCCUUGUUAUUGCUCUAAAUGUGGUGUUUCAUAGACCUAAUGCAUAGUAGGUUAGGCAUGCCAGUCAUUUAGGGUAGAAAGUCUAUUAGAAAUCUAUAUAUUAAUAGAGAACCAAGUUGGUAAAAAUAUGCUUGAAAAUACUUGACAGCCAUGUUACACAGCACCGCGUUGUCCAAGUGACUGGUCGGAGACCACGUGAGUGUUGAGUGGUUGUUGGGGUCGCGUGCACUAUUGUUCGAUUAAGGGUGCACGGAUCCAGCUAGACUUCUACUUCAGGGCGCGUAUUGCCCAUGUGGAGAAAUGAGACACAACUCACCCAAACCACGCUCUUACAUUCCAGAAUAGUAACAAAUUCUUAAUACUCUUAAAAAUUUGUGAUGUUAAUAUAUAUAUUUGGCUUUAAAGAUUAUUUAUGACGUUAUUCUUUUCACCAGCAUGAGGGUUAGUUAUUCUUGAAAAGAAGCAUUUUUUUCUUAUAAAACUUUAAAAUGAAAGAAUUUUUGAACCCUUUUGUAUUACCGUAUUUACUCGUGUAUAGCGCCCCCUCGUGUGUAGCGCGCCCCACGAUUUUUGUAACAAAUUCCAAAGAAAAAAAAAUUUCCCAUAAAUAAAUUUUACUAACAUUUUGUGGUACCUGUUAAGUAAUUACUUAUGAAACAAAUGAUUAUUUAAAUUGAUGUGUGGUGAUGCGUCAGGAAAAUACUUAAAUUAAAUACUCUUCCACCUGAAAGCGAAACUUUUGUGGCAUACUGUACCAUCUGAAACGACACGUGCAAGCUAAACUCUGCUGUGUAGAUGGAAGAUAAUGAAGCGCGCUAUCGUCACAACUGGUACGAGAUCAAGAGGGAGGGAGGCAGGCAGGAACGGGACUAUGACCAUCAAGUAACCUUGACAGUUGACAGGACUAAACACCACCACUCCCUUCACGCUACGUUGCUAAGCUGGCGCCGAGGACUAGAUGACUCACAGGUAGCUGUUGGGCUGAGGAACCGGGUGACAACAUUCUCUCUCUAUCUCUCUCUUUUUUUACUAGCUGCUGCGCUGGCUUUCAGUAGAGGGGGGAGGUCUAAAAAUAAACAAGAGACCAUGAUGUGCGACGGUCACCCUAGGCCAAUGCCAACACCUGGUGUCGACAUUCUAAUUAUUCAUGGUCCAAAAACAAACGAACAAAAGGUUAAUAGCAGGUUUUAAAUUAUUCUGUCACUCGUCAUAUAAAAUUUGGUGAGCUGCCAAUGACGCGACUGCACACAGUGACAAUCUAGCAAUGACACCUGACCAACAAAGGUGCCUUUCCUUACCAAGUUGGAAACAAAGGGAAGCAACUCCGUUGGCCAACUGGCCAAUCACAAUACAAAACCAGAUACAUGACCAAAUAGGGAAAAUGUGCUGCUAAAAUUUUGUUCUCUGAAAGUCUGAAAAGACACAUCUCACUACUGUAUGGUUCGUCCUGAUUGGCUGGCAAGACAGCGCCCAGAAAGCAUUCUACUCCACUGCUGCACAAUUAUGCGCUUCCACGCUAACUUAAGGCAUGAAAAAUAACUUACUGGCGACAGAGUGUCGCAUCCGUGUCCUGCCUGUAUUUUUUUUUUUAAUGCUUCUAAAAUGUUAGAAUGUUACAGUCUCACAAUUACAAGAUGCUUUAAAAUUCUAAAAAAAAAAACAUAAUUAACUACGCAUGAUAAUUUUAAAUUACCAAGAAUAAUAAAGAACAAAUAAUAAAAAAACUACAUUUGACUUAAUGUAAAACCUAGCCAAAAUUAAUUAUAAUUUAUAUUGAAGCACAAAAAAAACCUUAAACAUGCCUAUGCAUAUUAAGUGACAAAUUAUUAGUAAAUAUUUGUGAAACCUUAAGAAAAUAUCACUUAACUCAACACAUUCUUGGUUAAAGUGUUACUUUUAGUAGUUUGGCAGGAAUUAUGCUAUGCUAAAAAGCAUAAACUGUUAUCUUAUCCAAAACUGUGCCGCAGACAUUUUGAAAGGUAAACGUAACUACCCUUGUAAAAUAAGGACAAGCAUUCUUGUAUAAGCAUAACCCUUAUUACAAAAUCAUAAUUAAAAUACUUUCUUUAUAUAAUGUAAGUUUUGGGAACGCUUGGGUCAGAUACAAUCCCUUUAUGAAUACAGUUGUUAAACCUGAGAAGUAUCGAGACGUCUGGGUGUUGGGCAGGGUGUGUACCCCCUCUGUUACACAAGUGUGAUCCACAAAACAUUUUAUUGUAUCAUGCAUGAUUCUAAAAUUAUUUAUUGAUUGAUUUAGAUUUGUUUCCUGCUACAUUAUACAUACAUUAUUUUUAUGAAUCAAAUAAUCUGUGAUUAUGAUUUUAAAAUAUUAAUAAUACUCCAUUUUUAUUAGGGUGGUAGCAAAGUAGUGAUAAGAAAUUUUCAGGGCUUUGGUGUGGAAAAAAAAAAGGGGGGGGGGUGAAAUCCCCGGGGCCAGGGCAACAGGGAGCUCAGUUACAUUUCAUGACUUUUGAAUACAUGGAUUUACCCUAAUAGCAGGAUGAAAAUUACAAGUCUGAAAAUCUUAAGUUAUGCAAUAUAUUCAUGAGGGUGCCAGUGCAUUCUGCCCAUGACCAUGAGUGCGUUGUUGAUUUUGUUAAAGGCUUCUAUUUAUUAUUCUGUUACAAUAUUGGAAUAUUUCUAUGGUAGAUAUUCUUUUAAAUUUUUUUAUUUAGCGUAAUGAUUAUUUUCAGUUUUAAACUAAACUUUUGGUAAUUUUUAUUCUAGGCUUUUCCAAAAACAGGCGUGCUUGCAUGGUCGUAAGCAAUGCCAGACAUGAAAGUGGAAAAAAAAAAAAUUCUGUUUACAUUCCAUUUACUUGCUCAGCCAAUCGCCAAGGCAAGCCCAGAGAACUGUGUCUUGCAGCUUUUUGUUCAGUGGAAGCAUUGAGUGUGUGGUUGGAGAGCUGCAAGUCUUGCAGGCCAUCACCCGGCAAGUUCAGCUGCAAGAAUGUGUCAGCAUACUGGUUUCGUACUGAAACGUACAAAGUAGUGAUAAUAUCAUCAGUGAUUGUUUCGAUAAAAAUCUUUUUUUCAUAAAAUGUGGUUGUUCUGAACACCCAUUUUUUUAUGGUAGUCAGAUUUAUUAUAUUCAAAUUUGGAGAAAUUCUAUAUCUUGAACAGUUACCAAAUAAAUAAUAUUUUUUAAAAUAUUUUUCUGAAAUAUGUUUUCUGCUGUCAAAACAUUUAAUGCUUUUCUUCAGAAAUUGAUUACAUUUGUGCAUGAAUGGAGCUUUAUUUAAGCAAUAAUGUAACAUAUCUUGCACCUUCUAUGCUUAAUCAUUUCCAGGGACAUGCAUUUAUGACAUUUGGUGCAAAAAUAAUUAUUAUGAGAAUUUCACCUUUCUUUUGUUGAAUACAAUAUUUUUUUCACUGUUUAGAAAAUAUUCAGAAUCCACUUCCAAAAACUCAGAAUACUGUGAAAUAGAUAUUUAAAAAUCAAAUUGUAUCAAUUGGUGUGAUAAAGGAGUGCAGAGAUUAGUGAUAACUUAAAAUCUGUUCACUUUUACAGUUUACACAAGAAAUAGUGUUAGAACAGCUGAUUUCAGUGCAUCUGGCCUCCAAUUAGACUCAUUUGCAGAAUUUCUGCAACAACAAAAUAGCAGAAAGUGGUGAGGGUACAGUUGAAACACUGACCAUCGUACUAAGUGCUUUUAUGUCUGCAUCUGUUGUAGGUUCUAAAGAUUUCUCUCUAUAUACAACAGAUCCUCUCUAACACACAGAAACUUCACCCUGUUUAAUCUGUACACCAUUUUUGUGAAAUACAACACUGCUUUGAUUCAUAAAAUACAAACAUUAAAUCAUGUCCUUGUAGUGAUCAUAUUGUGACUGCUGUUAUGUGUUUAUUUGUAAAUCAUUGUAAACAAGUAUAAAUUUUAAGGUACUAUGUCUGUGCAUACAGUCUACUCUCAAUUCUAUGACUCUCCACAGUUCCUGCGAAAAGGGACUUUAUUGCAAAGGGGACUGAUUGAAAUUGGAAAAUUAGGACUGGUUUUUGUUCCAUCACCAUCAUCCAAAAUUUUUUUUUUUUUUUUUCAUUAAGUCUAUGAUCAACAUUUUCUUGUUACAAAAUGACUCCAGUUUUAUUGUUUUUUUUUGUUUUUUUUUCCAUCUGUUUUAGUUGGCAGAUGUCUGUGAGAAAAAUGUUAUACUAUAUGUGCAUGUACAACCUUGCCUUAUCACCAAAAUAAGCCUGACUGCGGCGCUGUGAAUAUUUUAAUGCACGUGCUAAAACCAUUUCCAUUUGCUCCUUGCAGUAAACACCAUAGAUAUGCUACUGAAAAGUUAAUGUAUUUCAAAUCUUUUGCCUGGUCCUCGUUGUCUUGUAUACCAGGACACAUUCGUGACGUAGAGAAUGAAUACAAGACUGGCAGACUGCUUGCACAACCACCCUAUUGAGGCCACUCGCAGGCAGCCAGUGAACCCCUGAAGAAACCACCAUUUAUUCUUAUCAAAAUUAAAACCAAGUUACUUAAAACUACUUUUCCCAAAUAUCACAUUACGCAUCUCAUGCACUGAGCCUGUGAUAAACCCUAUCGUCGCUGCUGCGAGACCAGCCAUGUUGCACCUUUCCACGAGAAUGGGACAUUUUACAUCGAGAUGCAGCUUCGUGAAAAUAAAAACAGGAGUUAACUGUCAUAUACUUUUGAAUUUGUAACUCAUGAACAUCUAUAGUAAACAUGUUAUGAAUGGCAAAAAUGUGCAGGUUUACCUUGUAAACUGCAUAAAUAUAUUCACUGGAACAAUAAAGUUCAUAUUUUCAGCUAGUGAAAUAUUAAUAAAUUAUUGCCUACUGUAAACGUGAAUAUCAUGUGCAGUUAUUAUUUGUCAGAAAUAGUUUAUAAAUAUGAGUUGUAAGCUGGAAAGCCGCUGCUUUUGCGUUUACAGAACACAAUCUCAUUGUCGCAUGCCUGUACACAUGAUGAGUCAGAUUUGUCACUUCUCUACACUCCUAGUAGCCCAGUGUUGUUAUUCUCAUGUUUAUAAAGAAAUAAAGAAAUAAAUAAAAAUACAACCCCUGGAGAUAACUAACACAGUUUUCGGGGAAGAGGUGGGGUUUGACGUCAAGGGGCAGGUGGCAAAACUAAAGGAUUGUGAAUGGCUGCAGCACUGGCAGUAAUGAGAACUGGAUUGAAGACGUACGAGGUAGACUUGCAGGCACCGCUACUUGUAGACAGCUGGAAGAAAGUGUGCCUUGAAGUGGCGUGGAUGUCAUCAGUGAUAAGCCGAUAACACACAGUUUCUAGUUUCCGAGACAACUGCUCAUUCGGCAAUACGAAGACAUGAUAGUAGCUGCAGGAUAUCAUCUUCCUGCGACUCUAUACAGGUUAGCGACCUUGGCAGAUAAUACUUGUGGUGGUUAAUAUAUUAAUUUAUCUCUAAGAGAAUUACAACAAAUACUACCCACAAUAAAUGUAACUAAGUUUCUUUUCAGUGUUUUUUCUUCCAAAUUUUUUUUUUUUUUUUUUCACUGAGUUCCCAAAAAAAAAGGAUGUUUCUUCAGGAGAGUUGUUAUUCCCGGAGGUCAUAGAGUUUGGAGUUGACUGUAGAAUGUAUUCAGCUGUAUUCUGUAUUGCAAUGCAUCAGGUUCACACAGAACUUGAUGUGAAUUUUGCUUGAUUUUUCAGUUGACACUCAUUUUGAAAUGUGUUUUGUGCUCUGAACAUUGUCAGUGCACAGCUUGUAUUGCAGGCCAGGCCACUUCACUGCACUUUGUGCACAUGCUGUUCCCAAGAGUACUUCUUGAGUUUACUCAAAGUGUAAACCACCUGGAGCAUCGUGCAGAUGUUGCAUGUGCAUCUCUUGUUGCAUUUCGUUUUAAGAUCUAUAAAUUGUACGUGGGCAGUCUUUUAUUCUACACUCAAUCUUUUUUAAUGUUUAUUUUCUGUGGACUUAUUUGACAUCUAUGCAUUACAAUGGUAAGUUAUUCACAUUCACACAGAUAUUUUGUGCCUGGGACAAACAAGUUAAGUUAGUCCUCAGUAUGCAGUGUUGAAGGUCGGUGACGCCAUGCUGGAGAGAAACCUUCGCAUCUUUCAGUCUUGCCUCUCUCUCUCUUGUGUUCGUGGGAGAAUGUACUGUAUGUACUUGUUAUGUAGUGUUUGUUACAUGUUGCGUUAGUAUUACAUAUUGCAAUUCCUUCCAGAUAUUUACUUCCAGGUCAACUGUCAUAGAGACACUACAGUAUCAGCAUUAAUUAAAUAAACUUGAGUUCAGCAGUGUUAACAGUUUUUUUAAUAGUUGUUUUUACUUUGUACACAACUAUCUGUAACUGUGCUGUCUGUGCUCAAUGCUGUCCUUUUCUCUGAAGCAAUUAUUGUUGGAAUGUUGUUUGUUGUACACUGAUUUAUUAUAUUAUUUGAUUCUAUAUACCUAUGUUUUCUUAAAUAAACAUUUAAUAAUGUAUUUAUUUAGUUAAAAAUAAUAUAAAAUUAAAAUGUAUUAAAUAGUUACAAUUUCUCUUUUUUUUAAGUAUUUUUGUCAAACAUUCAGUAUUUUGAUUUGAGCAUUUAUUUUGUUUACAAAAUUACUUCCAGUAUAAUAACAUAAUUUUGCCGUUGCUCCAGUGGAAAAAAAAGUUAAUAAAACAAAAGUAGUUAGUAUUCAAUUUCUUGGUCAUUUAUUAUCUGCAUGAGUUCCCCCCCACCUUCCCUAAUUAUAAAGGUGUGUAAAAGGGAAAACAAUAAAAUAAAGGAAAUUUUUUUUCUUCUUCCCCCACUUUGGAUAGUAAUGGUUUGAAAGGGAUCUUGUUUCAAAGCAUCCACACCCAGUAUCAAUUGACUAUGGUUUUAAUAAUUUCACGGUUUAUCCAAGAAAUCUGUCCGUAGUUAAGUGAAGAUUUAAGAAAGAAAAGAGAUACAUUUUAUGAGUUUUUUUGCCUGAGUACAUUUUACACCGUGUGUGCUUUCAUUAUUGCAUAAAAGUUCAAACACACAUCACUGAAUACAUGUGAUGCUCACAUGAAUUUAUAUAAUUACUGUAUACUGUAUGAAGGAUAUUUAAUGUAUUUACUACAAAUAUUAUUUACACACAUGUAACCAAACACAGCCAUUAUAUAUUAUCUAUAAUAUGCUGCUAUAAAAGGAACCAUAUUUGCAAAGUGGCUAGUGCCAUUUAGUGGAUGAGACCAGAACCCCUUUGCGCUCAU